CGCUUCAAUACACAUGAUAAAUUUACCUGUUAUCGAUCGAUAUGGAUGCGUGUGACAACAUAAAUAGCUUUCGUUUACCUGAGCUACAAAAAUACCUGAAGUCAAGAGGUGUGACGGUGUCGGAAUACAACAAGGUCGCUUUGAAGGAGAUUGCUUUGGCAGUUGAAAGGUUAAAUUUGCCGGUAGAUCCUGAUUUCCAGCAAGAUUCUGUUUUAAGGGAUAUCAAGGAAAAGUUGGCGAAAGCGGGACUCCCUGAUAAGAAUCCGUUAGAACUGGAAGGAUACACGUCAGACUUUACCUAUAUGCCAGAGUUUGGACUUAUUGACGUUUUCAACUACAUGAUUUUUAACAAGUCCGACUACGACAAGAGGAAGCUGAAGGGAUUCAAGUCCUUUGAAGAUUAUAGACUUUUUUAUGAUGGGCAUGUUGAGAAGUUAAUGUUUAAUGCCGUAUCUGAAACAAGCGAGGUGUGCUUAUUCAAGGCUGAGGUGAAACCAACCCAAAGAGACAAAACCUACCUGAAUAAAAACUUCUAUGAUUUGUGGUUUGCCCUUAACAAGGAAGACGGAUCAGUUGUCACUGGCCACUGUGAAUGCGUUGGAGGGGCUGACGGAGCUUGCAGACAUCUAGCUGCAGCCCUUUAUGAGCUGGAGACUUUUGAGAUAAAGUCCUGCACUGACGGAGAAAACCAGUGGGCCAAAAGACCUCGCCAUCAUGACAUACCUGUUCCUGUACGCAACCUGAGUAUUGUCAAAGCUAAAUACCAUCGUUUAAAUGUUGAAAAUGCCACAAAACCACGCAGUGACCUAUUUGACCCAAGGAACAAACAACACCGCACUCCCAUAACAGAUGAUGAGAAGAGGGGAUUUGGUCUGAAAAUUCAAGAGAUUUCCAAAAAUGCACAAUGUCUUGACAUUUUGCUUGAUCCAGAAGACCGGUGUGGACAAACAAAGGAUAACGGCAUGGAUAUCCAUGUAGAGAAAAUUUCUAUUGUGAAUAAAGCCAAAGCAUUCGUUGAGGAAAAUGAUAUUUCAAUUACAAAUUUUGAUGAGAAGGUAACAGAAUUCUGUGGCUCACUUAACAUAUCAGAAAAUGAUGUUUCUUGUGUCUUGGAGAAAACAGAAGGACAGUCUAGUAAUAAUGUGUGGCACCUUCUCAGGAAAGGUCUAUUAACAGCUUCUAAUUUUGGUGAAGCGUGCAAAUAUGUAGAAAAGAAUCGACCGCCAUCUGUCACUUUCAUGAAAAAAAUAAUGGGAGAAAGCCGCAUAGACGAUGCUAUGUUACCACCUGCGUUGAGAUGGGGUCGAAAAAAAGAGCCCAUUGCUAGGAUUUUUUUACAGCAGAAUUAUUAAAAAAAAUUCAUAACUGUAGGUCAUUAAAAGUAACAGAGGUUGGACUUUUACUCAGUGAAAAGUAUCCGGUUUUAGGAUGUAGUUCGGAUGGUGUAGCUGUUUGUAAAUGUAAAUCCCAGCAUAUAAACAGAUUAGUGGAAAUAAAAUGUCCUUAUUCGCUUCGAGACAGCAAUGCAAAAGAGGUUGCGAUUCUAAAAAACUGUACCUUUAAUAAACUAACCAAUGAAUGGGAAGUAAGUAAAGCCUGUCCUUAUUAUGCACAAAUCCAGGGACAACUCGGUCGAUAUAAUUACACUGAAUGUGACUUAAUUAUUUACACAAACAAAGGUAUUCACAUUUCUACAGCAAGAUUUGAUGAGGAAUAUUUCUGCGAUAUGGUGAAUAAACUUAAUAGAUUUCAUAGUGCUUAUGUGGUUCCACAUAUUUUCCGUGAUCUUUUGAAGAGUACAAAUAAUGAGUGUAAUCCAGUUGCUGGCUAAUUGUCCAUUAUUAUGUCAAAAUGAUUUGUUAAUGUUUGAAUAUCUGAACUGAAUUAAUAUUUAUUCAUAAAAGUUUGCAAUUAUUGUUUAAUCUUUAGGAGCUUUUAAAACAACAUUUAUUUCAUAUUACAUUGACUCUUAAUGAUGUAAACUCAUUAAAUGGAUAUUGCAUUUACAAUGUAUCUGUAUCUUUAACCAUACAAAUAUAUGAUGAUGUCACAAUAAAAAGAUGAAACUUUA